AUGGUAGCUUUUUCAACUUUGCCUCUAAUAGGCAUCCUUCUACUUAUAAAUUCCUAUACAUUUUUAAUUAACAAGAAUAAAUCAAAUUGUUUCAAUAAUUUGGGCCUGAAACACAAAAUAUUAGUCGGUAUUGCGGUUCAACAUGACGAGCCGUUUAUACUUACACAGUCUUUGGAGCCCGGUAAACAGAACGAACUCGUGAUAAAUGAACGCGAAACUCACGGAAUUAACAAAAUAAUAAAGGAUAUAGAAAGGAGAAAUAGUAGAAAUGACCCGAUUUUCCCGGUUGGCUCAAUAGUGUUUGUGAAAAAAGGAAAGUUUCGGUGCUCGCGCGGAACAGUUUUGUUCAACAAACCGACGGAAAUCGCUAAGCCCUAUGAAGUGCUCCUAGCAUUAGAUUGUAGAAACUACGAAGGAAUAGUUAAAGAGGAUUUGUCAAUGGAUCACGGAACAAGUCUGUGGUUCAGCGAGAAGGACCUGUCGGAGGACGAGAUAUAUUUUAAGAAAACGCCGCCACUGCUCUCCUCAGACUACGUGCCAAUAACGAAACACCGAUACAUUAAAACGAGCAGAAUAUACAACAACACGCUCAUCAACUGUUUAAAAUAUAAUGAAAUCGUUUCGACGUACAAGGAGGCAGUUAGGAAUAAAAAAACGGACCACUUCACGCCGGUGAUUGCAUAUUCACAGCUGGCGCGCUCGUUGAACAUAUUUAGCACGGAGUGCCAGGAUAACAUCAUCAAGGGCACGCACGAAAAGUACGUGUCGUUCAAAAAGGUGUUGAACGAAAAGGUAGAUAAAAAAUUUAUUGAACAGCUAGUCGACGACGUCCUGCAGAGUGUGAGGAACUCGGAGCUGACGAUGGUUAACUACUCGUGGAUACUCUGGGCAACGACGAAGUUCGACUACUACGACAUAUUCAGCCAUAAGUUCCUGACGCUCGUGAAGGAGGUGCACAGGAGUAUGACGCUGGAGGGGCUGAGAGCACUGGACAGCACGUGCCUCUGCAACGUGCUCUUCAGCUACACGCGCUUUAACCCGGAGUCGAUCGACCACAUAUACAACAUCUCGAAAAUACUGACGACCAUUCCAAUGGAAAAUGCGAAGACGCUGCCCCUGAACCUAAUGCUGAGUGUGUUCUACAUUAAAAACCUGGACCCGGGGAACCUGCUGGAGUACCUGACGCAGUACAUCCUGAAGUACCACUACAAGAUUCCGAAGUCGGAGGCGAUCUACUUCAUAAGGAGCCUGCAGGACUACAAGACGGUGCCGCCGCAGGUGAUGGACAAGUUGUACGCAAUAGCGUUUUCGCACGAAGAUGAAAAGAGUAGAGUCUUCAGCUCAAGCGACUUCUACAACCUGCUCCUGUGCUCAAUACGGGACAAGGAGAUGUUCACGCUCUUCGAGAAGGAGGUGUACCUGUCGGACACGAUGCUGGAGCCCUACGCAAUGCUCAAGUCGCUGCACGUGCUGUCGAGAACGAACUACAACAAAAUGACAACGUGGAUACUGGACAAGGCCAUUUCAAGCAUCGAGUACUUCUCGGACCUGGAAAAGAACAGGUUCUUCACGUCGACGUGCAGAGUGGCGAACGUGCCCAAACAGCUAAUCAACACGCUGUAUAAGUACUUCAAGACGUACAUAAAGCGUAGGUUCCAGAAGCCGGACCUCAUAACGUUUCAAAUAUUCCUGAGGUUCAUAAAUAAGCACAACCUGGGAACGAGAGACGAUAUACUAGGAAUUUUGGAAACACUGAGCACGAACAAGUUCAACUGGAACCUGAACAACGCGAACAGGUUCCUGCUGAACCUGCACAUACAGUCGCAGAAGCACGACAUAAACGCGCACGAGCACUACCCGGAGUUCAUCGAGGAGGUGGUCUCCUACGUAGCGCCGGAUAAGAAGUACCACAUCAACGAGUACGCACACCUGAUAUACUGCAUAUCGGAGGUGGCGCCGAAGCUCUUUGACAAGGCGGCGGAAAUAGCGCUGAGGUACAGAGUGAACAGGAAGAUUACGGGCGAGGCGGUGAGCAAGGGAGUGUUGAACCUGGCGCAGGCGCUGUACAACAUAGGUCUGAGGUUCUCAAAGGACUUCAACGACUACUCCUGCAUGAAGGUAAUCAGCUUCAACAACAGCGGAAAACCCUGCACGGGAAAGCCAGUGUCGACAGCGUGCUACGAGUUCCACAACUCGCCCAGAUGCAGCCAGUGGUCAACGAUGUUCCUGUACCUGCUAGUCAGAGGAGGCUUCAUAACAGUAGUUAACUUUCCGAAGAGAAGGUUGAUAGAGUUUCUGGCGCCAGUGAAAAAGUACCUGUCCAACUUUGAUCUGAGGAUACUGAGAAUGUCAAUGGACUACCUAGGCGUCGAAGACCACGAGCUGGAUGACCUGAUCAGGAGCGUCCCGAAGGGCAUAAAGGAGUUAACAAGACAAGAGUCAGUGCCAUCAUCGCCAAACCUAUAA